AUGGCAAUCGAUCAAGAUGUUGAAGAUUUUUUGAUUAUGGGGGAUUAUGAUCUGAUUAUCCGGCAAGCCCAGGGUGAAUGGGAAACUCGAGAUGUCAAGAUUAUUCCUUACCGGCAGCAUGUGGAGGAUCUCAAUAAGCAAUUCAAAUCAAUAGAGUUCAGUUUCAUCCGGAAAUGUCAUCAGUUCCAGGUACAUGGAGAUCUGAUUCAUGCACCUCCAAUAGAGCUACAUCCUAUGUCGGCGCCGUGGCCUUUUGUCGCCUGGGGUAUGGACGUCAUUGAUCCGAUUGAGCCGAAAGCCUCAAAUGGGCACAGAUUUAUAUUAGUCGCUAUCGACUACUUCACAAAAUGGGUCGAAGUUGUCACUCUCAAAUCGGUCACUAAGAGAGCCGUGGUGGAUUUU